GGCUAAAGGCUUCUCUCCAGAGGCUGCAGCUGGAGUACGUGGAUGUCGUCUUCGCCAACCGGCCAGACAAUAAUACCCCCAUGGAAGAAAUUGUCCGAGCGAUGACGCACGUGAUAAAUCAAGGCAUGGCGAUGUACUGGGGCACGUCACGCUGGAGCGCAAUGGAGAUCAUGGAAGCCUACUCCGUAGCCAGGCAGUUUAACAUGAUACCGCCCGUGUGUGAACAAGCUGAGUACCACCUUUUCCAAAGAGAGAAAGUGGAGGUUCAACUGCCGGAAUUAUACCACAAAAUAGGGGUCGGAGCAAUGACGUGGUCUCCACUAGCCUGCGGGAUCAUCUCAGGGAAAUACGGCAACGGGGUCCCUGAAAGCUCGAGGGCGGCGCUCAAGUGCUACCAGUGGCUGAAAGAGAAGAUCGUGAGCGAGGAAGGCAGAAAGCAGCAGGGGAAGCUGAAGGACCUGUCGCCCAUCGCCGAGCGCCUGGGCUGCACGCUGCCGCAGCUGGCCGUCGCGUGGUGCCUGAGAAACGAGGGGGUGAGCUCCGUUCUUCUCGGAUCUUCCAACCCGGAGCAGCUGAUAGAGAACCUCGGAGCCAUACAGGUCCUUCCAAAGAUGACAUCCCAUAUUGUAAACGAAAUAGAUAAUAUUCUGGGAAAUAAGCCCUACAGCAAGAAGGACUACAGAUCAUAAUGCAAUGCAUGAAUUCCCCGGACUGCAUGGUUUAAAAAGUGCUCUGUACAGAAGUACAGCCCCGAGUCAAUAACCGGUCAUGAGAAUCAUUCAGCAGCUUGCUGCUCGGUGUCUACUGUCACUGGAUCCUUUGAGAUGUGUGCUGUUGCUACUAAUUUGCAGUGAAAUUUAAAAGCACAGUUGAUCUCUCUUCUAACCAAGGAUAACCUUGUAUUUUCUUACAUUUGACUGAAUUCAUCAAUUUUUACUUUACUCUUAGCACCUCAUGCUUGUGCUGUGAAAAACACUUGUAAAGCAAAAAAUAAUUUAUAACCUUCAGGUACUUGGUAAUUAAAGAAGGAUGUACAGAUCUAUUUUUUCAAUGAAGAAAAGCCAGAUACAACUUUAGGUUUUAAUAAAACCACAUUUGGGAAAUCUCAA